GUCAUCGUACGACAGGGAAACAUGCAGUUUGUAUAGUCCCGUUUUAUGUAUACAGGGACGUGUACAACGUCGUUGUACAGUUCAGGUCUCUUUACCGCAGUGAUGUUGUCUUAUACGCUUUACUCCACAACCUAAAACGUGUUUUAAUAUCAUUUUUUAAAAUGUUUGUCAAACUGAAAUUAUUUGACUGAUAUUUCCUCGUAUAAAAACCCCAAAUUUGUCUUCGUUCCUGUAAACAAUGUUUUCAUGUUCAGCGUCAGAAAUAUCUUCUUUACUUUUCCUCCAAAGAUGCAUCUUAAUGAACAGCUCACCUUCAUAACCUCAUGAGCAUAUGUGAUGAUACUAUAUGUGCAUUCUGAUGUCUCUCCGUCGGCCCUCGCGAGCUCUUGAACGUCACGCGUGUGUUUCCCUUCAUUUGGGGAAGUCUGCAGACGGGUCACGAGGAUUGUGUCGUCCUCUCUUCCAGCACAAAGUGGGGAACAUGACGGUGGACUUGGAGGCGCCCGCCUCGCCGGAGGCCUCCGCCAUCCGGUGCCGAGACGUGUGCCGGUCCUACGGCAAGAUGAAGGUCCUCAGCAGCCUCAACCUGACUGUACCGCAGGGACACAUUUACGGCCUGCUGGGGCCCAGCGGGUGUGGGAAGACCACGCUGCUGAAAUGCAUUGUGGGAAGUCUGAAAAUCUCGCGGGGUCACAUCUCCGUGUUGGGGAAGCCGCCCGCGUACCCGGGACACGACGUGCCGGGGAAGAUGGUCGGGUACAUGCCGCAGGAGCUGGCGCUGUACAACGAGUUCACCAUCAGCGACACGCUGACCUUCUUCGGCCGCGUCCACGGCCUGACGGCGAAGGAAACCCGGGCGCGCAUGGACUUCCUGGUGGACUUCCUGGACCUACCUCAGAAGCACAGCCUGGUCCGAAAUCUCAGCGGCGGGCAGAAGCGACGGGUGUCUCUCGGCGCGGCUCUGCUGCAGAACCCCGAGCUGCUGAUCCUGGACGAGCCGACCGUGGGAGUGGACCCCGUCCUCAGGGCGAAAAUCUGGCAGCACCUGGUGGAGAUCGUGAAGACGGGGAAAGUGUCCGUCAUCAUCACCACGCACUACAUCGAGGAGGCCAGGCAAGCCAACGUGGUGGGCCUCAUGAGGAACGGGCGCUUGCUGGCUGAAGGACCUCCAGACGCCGUCAUGAAGCAGCACAAUGCAACAACCCUGGAGCACGCCUUCCUGCAGCUGUGCGAGACGUCGGACCAGGUGGGCUCCAAGCCGGGGUCCAGCCCCCCGGGGGGGCCGCUGGGGAACAGCCUGUCCUUCGAGAGCGGCCGGGACGAGAGCCGGCCGAUUCUGGCGGUCGGACCGGAAGCCCCGACGUAUUCAGCGGACUGGAAGGUGAGAGCCCGGCACGUUGUUCCCAAGUGGAGGAACAUCUCGGCCCUGAUGAUCAAGACCUUGGUGCGGAUGAAGAGGAUGCCGGGCUCGCUGUGCUUCCAGUUCUUGCUGCCCGUCAUCCAGGUCUCUCUGAUCUGCUUGUGCAUCGGAGGAGACCCCAACGGGAUCCAGGUGGCCGUGGUGAACAACGAGACCUCGCCCUCCGCUUACAGCCGGUCGCUGCUCUCCUUCCUGGACAACUCCAGCGUGCAGCAGGUGCCCUUGUCCCACGCGGACGCCUUCGACGGGGUCCAUAACGGAGAGUACUGGGGCGUCGUCGGCUUCGGACAGAACUUCACCAGCUACCUGAACAAAAGGAUGAUGCAGCGGCAGGUCUCCAGAGAGGUGGUGGACGGAGGAUCGGUGCACGUCUGGCUGGACCUCACCAAUCGACAAAUUGCCUUCAUGCUGCAGAAGAAGCUACACGAGGCCUUUCAGACUUUUGUGGAUAAUAAAUUGGGGAGUUUCUCGUACCUGGUCGCGUUGCCAAUAAAGUUUGAAGAGCCGAUCUACGGCAGCCUCAACACAGACUUCACCACGUUUGUGACCCCGGGAGCUGUUCUCAGUAUCACCUUCUACCUGGCCGUGGGUCUGACCGCGCUCUCCUUUGUCCUGGAGAGGAAGGAGGGGCUUCUGGACAGGUGCUGGGUCGCAGGCGUGAGCUCUCUGGAGACGAUGCUGGCUCACCUCUUCUCUCAGCUGUUCGUCAUCAGCGUUCAGAUCGUCCUGCUGCUGCUCUUCAUCCUGCUCGUCUUCAAGCUGCCUAAUGAAGGCUCCUUGACGCUGGUCGUCGUCCUCAUCGUGCUUCAGGGCAUCACCGGCAUCUCGUUCGGCCUCGUCAUCUCAGCCGCGAUCGACGACGAGCAGAGCGCCAACCAGGCCGCCCUGGGGAUCUUCUACCCCAACCUCAUCCUCUGUGGUAUCAUCUGGCCGGUGGAGUGUAUCCCGUAUCCUCUGCGCUACAUCAGCAUGGCCCUCCCUCAGACCUACGCCUCCGAAGCCCUUCGCUGCAUCAUGUACAGAGGUUGGGGUCUGUCUCGGAUGAUGGUGUGGCGAGGCUUCGCCGUCACCCUGGGCUGGAACACGGUCUUCCUCGUCCUGGCCACGGUCAUCUUGAAGCUGAGGACGUGACGGCCUCUCCGCCUCCUCCUGGCCCCCCCAUGACCCCUCCUCCCCAUCUCGUCCGUGGAUGAGUUGCAAAGCGACCGUUGAGAGAAAUUUCAAAAUGCCGCACGUAGAAGUACAGAAGACAUAUUUACGUGAUACUCCAUGUCAAGAGAGGACAUCGUGCAGCUCGUUGGAACCUCAGAACAGCACCAACUCAGGGUGGCGUGUUCUCAACUGGUUCGCCUUCGCUCUUAACGCCAACGGAGAGAUUCAAUGGGGAGUAAACCAGUUCAGCUGGAGGACGAAGGUCUCGUCCGCACAGUGGUUUUUCUUCUUUUUUUUUUAUCGCUUUAUAUUUCUGCUCCAGAGAGAAGUUGUAUGUAAAUGUAAAAAUGAGUCUGAGCACAAAACAUGUGAAAUCACACAUAUACAUAUAUAAUAUAUAUAUAUAUAUAUAUAUAUAUAUAUAUAUAUAUAUAUAUAUAUAUAUAUAUAUACAGCGUCGGUAUCAUCUCAACGCUUUAGUAAGUAAAGGUUCGGACAUUAUUUGGUAAUAUAUAUCCUUUUUAUUUUUAAAUUGGGUAUUACAUCUCUGUGGUGAUUUAUUUAAAUGUAGAGUUGUAACGAUUUUUAUCUUGACUUGCACAUGUAUAUAAAGAAUGUCUAUGUUUAAAUUAUAAUACAUAGGAAGGAUAUGAGUCGCCAAAGUAAAACUUCCUGUAAGAAUGAAUGAUUUUAAAUAUUUACAUGAAUUGCAAUUAUACAGUAUUAUAAAUAUAUCUAAUUACACAAGUUAUUUUUUAAACUAUUCCGCCCUUAUGAUGCCACUCGGAGGACUGAGAGCGUGAUUCAUGUUGACGGGGUUUGAAGAAGGCGGGAUGUCACAUGCUUACGUUCACCAAUCAGACUUUAAAUGGAAAUCCGUAACGUAAAUAAAGGACCCAGGACCCAGGAAGUCAGCGUCAUCUUGUCACAUGACUUUACUUAAAGGGGCAGUGUGCAGGUUGCGGUGUCAUCUAGUGGUGAGGGUGAAGAUUGCAACCAAUUGAACACCCCUUCCUCCUCCCUUUCAAAGGUAAUGCGAUGUUACACAUCGGGGUUAUAAAUGAUUUGCUGCAACUCACGUUACCUCAGUUUUUAAAACGUGUUGGAGAAUUACUGCGGCCUUCAGGGAACGUAGAAGACAUGAAGGUCUCUCUAGAGCCAGUGUUUGGUUUAUUAAAAACAUGGAGGAGCAACAUGGCGGACCCCGUGAUGAAGACCCACUCCCGAUGUAGAUUUAAAGGGCUCUAUACACUAAUGAAAACAUGGUUACGAAUAUUAUAUUAUAUUUCUGUUGAUAGAGCCCUGGGAAUGUUACACACUGGCCCUUUAAGUAACGCCAUUUCUGUAGUUGUUUUAACCCAAACUGGUGCAUGUGUGUCUCUCUGUAGGUGAAGGUAAAGAUCAUGGUUUUGGGUAAAGAUAAGUAUGUUAAUCACGGAGGUUUUCUCGAGGGGGCGUGUCAUGUUGUAAAGUGGGCGUGUCUAACCCGUGUGUUAAACCUAACAAAGUAGUUUUUUGUUGAGUUGUCGCCGUGUUGCUGGACAUUUAUAGGCAAACGUUAACCAAAAAAAAGAACAUUUCGUAAUACAUCAUCUGAACCGUUGAAAGAGGAUUCGUUGUUUAAUUGAGCAAUUAAAAAAACGUCAAUAAACAGUAUCAGAAC